CAGAGCUCCUGUACAUAGCUCCCGACACUUGCUCGCUUCACAGUCUGAGAGACUAGCGUACUCGAGUCAACAACUCUGUAUACUCGCCACGAUGCAUCUCCUCCCCGCCCUCGCCCUCGCCGCGCUGGCCUCGGCCGCGCCCACGGUCAUCAAUGAUGCGGACGCUCUCCUAAAGCUGCGGCAGACGGCGCAGGGCCUGAACGCGACCAUGGUGGCCGCGGGCCGCGGGUACGUCGGCACCUCCCUGACGGUCCGCAGCGACGCCCAGGAGAACGCCAUAAUCCGCGACGAGUUCGGGUCCAUCACGCCCGAGAACGCCAUGAAGUGGGACGCCACGGAGCCCCAGCAGGGCCGCUUCACCUUUGGAGGCGCCGACCAGGUGGCCAACUACGCGCGGCAGAACGGCAAGCAGAUGCGCUGCCACACGCUUGUGUGGUACAGCCAGCUGCCCAAGUGGGUCGACGACAUCACCAACAACGCGACGCUGAUGGAGGUCAUGACCAACCACAUCACCACCGUCAUGGGCCGCUACAAGGGCCAGUGCACCCACUGGGAUGUCGUGAACGAAGCGCUCAACGAGAACGGCACGCUCCGCGACAACGUCUUCCUCCGCGUCAUCGGCAAGGAGUACAUCCCGCUCGCGUUCCAGAUCGCGGCCAAGGCGGACCCCGAGGCCAAGCUGUACUACAACGACUUCAACCUCGAGUACGGCGGCGCCAAGGCCAAGGGCGCGCAGCAGAUCCUCCGGGACGUGCAGGCCUGGGGCGCAAAGAUCGACGGCGUCGGCCUGCAGGCGCACCUGGUGACGACGUCGACGCCGUCGCAGGCGGCGCUCGAGAGGACGCUGCGCCUGUACACGGACCUGGGCGUCGACGUGGCCUACACGGAGCUCGACAUCCGUCUGACCCUGCCCAGCACCGCCGAUAAGCUGCAGGUCCAGGCCGCCGCCUACCAGCGCGUCGUGGCCAGCUGCAUCGCCGUCAAGCGCUGCGUCGGAAUCACUCUCUGGGGCGUGACGGACCGCUACUCGUGGGUUCCUGGGGCCUUCAAGGGCCAAGGCGCGGCGCUGCUCUGGUCGGAGAACUAUGAGAAGAAGCCUGCGUACGACGGCUUUGUCAAAGGCCUCUCCGGCUCGAGCUAAAGGCCUGUCAGGGAUACCGGCAGCCGAGGUAGCCGUUGGUUUUUCCUUAUUGGGGGUAGAAUGGGGAAUAUGGAAGCAUUCCAGCUAGGAUGGUGAUGGCUGAAGUUUUCACAGCUUGAGGGUGAGCAGGGGUGGAAAAGGACCCACAGCCACACAUCAAGGGUUAAAUCUAUCAUGUGUGUGUGUGUGACCCAGGUCAUAGCAAGAAGACUUCCAACUUGACGUUGUCAAGUUCGGAAGAUACAUUCAUACCAAAGAGAUGAAGUCUCGCAGACAACUCGUCCUUGGCCGUACAGUAGGUUUGCGGUUAGCUUAAUGCGACGUUGUAAGUGGGCUGGGCGUUUCCCCUUACUUAAGGCCUCAAAACAGCUCCACAUCCGUCCCGCCUACCG